AUGUCAUUAACGCAAAGUUAUUUUCCAAAUUAUUUUUCAAUAAAUGAAAUUCUGGCGACCGAAGAACGGAUUCAGUGUAAAAUUGAAGUCAACUUGCCUCGCUUAGGUUUUCUGGAUAUAACCUCUGAUUUAUCAGACUUGAAGCCGGGAACGAAAUUGGAGUUUCCUUUUUGGCUAGCAUCCUCAUUACAAUCUCGAAGAACACCUAUU